GUAUCGCGUCCCUGUCGAAGACGUAAACCCUAAACCCUCCAAGGCAUAGUUGGAACUUUCUUAACUUUCUUCCGCGGAGGAGAUUUGAUUCUUGUUUGGGAUCUGAAACUGUAAAUUAUUGAAGAGAGAUGCAGCACGAUGAGGUCAUAUGGCAAGUCAUCAGGCACAACCACUGCAGUUUCAUGGCCAAGCUCACAACCGGGAACUUUUGUAGAAACCCCUAUAACGUGACUGGAAUUUGCAAUCGUAGCUCCUGCCCUCUUGCUAACAGUCGCUAUGCCACUAUUCGCGACCAUGAUGGGGUCUUCUAUUUAUAUAUGAAAACCAUUGAAAGAGCUCAUAUGCCCAAUAAGUUAUGGGAAAGAGUGAAAUUGCCAAGAAAUUAUGAGAAGGCACUUGAAAUCAUUGACAAGCAUCUGAUGUAUUGGCCAAAAUUCCUUGUGCAUAAAACAAAACAACGUCUCACAAAAAUGACUCAAAUGCGGAUUCGGAUGAGGAAGCUUGCACUGAAAACAAGGGAGAAGAUAAUGACUGUUCCCAGAAAAGAGAAGAAAAGAGAGGCUAGAAGGGAGGAAAAGGCUGAAAAAGCUGCAGUUCUGGAGAAGAAUAUUGAGAAGGAGUUGCUUGAGCGGCUUAGAAGAGGAGUUUAUGGUGACAUCUAUAACUAUCCUGUUAAUGAAUACAACAAAGUUCUUGACCUGGAUGAGCUACAGGCUGUUAGUGAAGACGAAGAGGAGGCGGAACCAGAAAUAGAAUAUGUCGAAGGCUAUGAUGAACUUGAAGAGGAAGAAGAUAUGGAAGAUUUUGGUGGUUUUGCGAUGAACGAGUCUCUCGAGAAUAAUGUUGAGGAUGAUGAGGAGGAAGCAUUUAAGAAAAAAAGGGUAAGAAGGUCCGAGUCUGCUCGUGGAGAGCUUGAGAAAGAUGAAGCUAGUAGAAAGGGGAAAAAGAAAGCCAAGGUGCUGGUUGAGGUUGAACAUGAAGGUGUUGGUGAAAGAGGGAAGGCAAUCUUAUGAGAGGCUGAGAGCACUUUGUAACAUGUUUCAUCUGGAAGUCGGCUAGUUAAAGUUGCAUCAUUCUUAAUUCCUUAUGUCAGAUGAGUGUAAAAAUGAUUUCUGUUAGCAUGUCUUAUGUAUGGGCUGCUGAAAGAGAGCUCACAUAUGUGCAGAAAUCGUUGAGUUUCUGCGCUUAAAUUUUGAGUUAGGGAUUUUAUAAGAUGUCCGUCUGUCCUCCUGCACACAAAUCUAGCUUGCGCUCUUCAAGUUUUUCUAAUGUUUUAGUUUUGGUUAUGUUGAUGGUCCAUGUGUUGUUCCUCUCAGCUUUUUUCAUUCGAUUGAUAUUAAUCAGGAUGUAAACAGUCGGUUA